UUUUUCACUCCUGGCGGCAGAGAAUUUGAUACUUUCCGAUGACCUUGUGUUUCGUAGCAACAGAAGCCGAAAAUUUUAAUAAUACAGUAUUCCAUGUUUACUUUCAGAUAAGAUGUAAUUUUUCAACUAGCUAGCAGGAAGGUCUAGAAUUAUAGAAAACACCUUAAUACUACUAGGAUGGCCUCAAUGAAAGUGCCUCGGAAAGCUGACAAGGGGACAGAAAAGCCAGUACCAAAGAAAAAUGGAAUGUACUCCUUGGGAAAACUUCCAUUUGCUACAGCUGAAAUAAAGAAUAAAUAUGAAGAUGUGUUGGGACCUCUCACAAUCUUUGCUCCGUUCUUUCAUGAAAAUGUACCAAAGAAGCAAGAACUGAACCUUGAAAGGCCUGUCACACCCAUUGACGAGAGUAUCAAAGCGCCACCAGCCACAUAUCAAGACCUGGUUAAGCUGAUCAGGAGGAGGAUUGCUGCUGACCCACAAACCACACACCUCUCAGUUAAUGAUCAACAGACAUUGGCGGGAAUCAUUAUAGGAGAGGUUAACAGUAUUUGGCCUGACAUUAGGCGUCAGGUGGAUGACUCAUUCUUGACACCAGAUGAGAACAAAGAACUGCAAAGGAGAAUCACAGUUCAUAUAGUUACUGUGUGCCAGCAGCUGUUUCAACACUAUGUACAAAAAGCUACUAUUCUCAAUGAACGUGGAAUCUUCAGUGGACCAGCAAACAUGAGUCGCUUGAAGGCUCAACUUUCCUUAGAUGCAACAAAAUUCUUGAAUAUUCUCAUUAUUCGACGACAUAUAGUUGCAGACAUGAGGGGUCAAGUAUCAGACUCUGAAUAUGAUUCCAGUGAGGAACCAAUAGAGGAUGCUGGUGCAGGGCCCCUAUCUUAUCAAAAAAUGAUUGAAUCUAGCAGACCUAAGAGGAAAAAACACUACAAACAGACUGUUAACCGAGAAGUUCGUGAUUUGAACAGGAAAAUGGCGACUAUUGACAUGUACAAAGUGCUAGACUAUCUGCCUGAUAUUGAAGCCUUCAGUCCCAGUGAAGCAAGGAUGGAUCAGCCCAGCUCCAUUGAUGCUGGAACUAAAAAAGAAACUGCUGAUGGUACACAGCCUUUAAAGGGAGUUUCUUCCGAAUCAUUGCAAUAUAAACUUCAAAGGUCAAACUCGCUUCCACAGCUUGAUCAUGAGACACUUGGGCAAGAACUAGGUAUCACAAAGAGCUCUCUUCAGAGGAGUUCAUCCACUGUUCACUUGUACAAUCAACAACAAAAACAUGAGGGUGUGUCUGAUAAAAUGGAAAAAAUUGAUGAUAAACCAGACACAAGGCAGUACAUGAAGAGGGAUCUUGACAGGCUUAGCACAUACCACUCAGCAAGGGUUGCAGCUCAGGAUGAACAGUUACCAGAAGAAGAAGACCUACCACCUUUAUUACAGGCUGUAGGUGAUACCAGUCGAUCUGAUAGGAGACGAGAACUGAUGCAAGAACACCUGAAAGAAAUGCAGGAGAAAAGGUUGAUACAGGAAGCUGAUGAUAUUGUAUACAUAAGCGAACCAACACAUCCACAGCCAGCCACGAAGACAACACGUUUAAAAAACAAGACAGUUAUUCGAACGUCUGAUGUUCGGGUCUCAGAGCGUGUUAACAUGUCAUCCAUUACCCUCCAACUUAACCGGACCGUUUUCAACGAGCUGAACAAUGAGGUGACUCCAGCAACAAUUAAGAAGAUGGACAGUAACUUGUUCCGGGGGAAAGAGAUACGCGAGGUUUAUAAUGAAAUUAUGAAAACUCUACCAACAGAUCAUUUUGAAUAUGAUGUGGAUGACUUUGUGGAGCCACCUGGACCUUACAUUGAUUUACAUAAUCUAGUUAACACAGCAUCUUUGAUGAAAAGUCGGAAAGAGCGAGUUCUGAACCCUGAACUUAGAACGGAUGAGCUCCCACCUUGGGGCGUGGAUUAUGAAGAAUGGUGCAAAAGCCCAAUCUUCAAUGCAUCAUUUGCCAAGCCUCGUCCACAACGCACUACAGCGUCCCAACUGACCAAACUGACUGGUGCUCUGAAUAGCUCUUUGAAUCUCACCCAAUCUGGCAUGGAUCCUAGCUAUGGAUUGGUAGCCCCACCAUCUAAUGGCUUCAGUUUUGAAAGCUCUCUCCAACAGAAGGCCCAAGGUCAAAGGGGCUUGAUAGAUGAUCGAAAUGAAAGAUCAUACCAGUCUUGGUUAGCCUGGUGGAAGAAUACUAUAAGUUCUGAAGACUAUGUUAAGUUCUUGACAACACAGGAGUCCGAUUUCAUGGGUGCCAUUUUCCACAUGUACGACAGUGGACCUGAAGAUGAAGAUGACAAUGAUGAAGAAAAAAGUAUAAAUUCUGCCAAAGCUACACGAUUAAAAGAGAGGGAGGAGAAAUUAAAUGAGUUAAAGAGCAAGAAGACUGAGUUUACAUCUGGUAUGUGGAAUGUUAACUCUGUGAUGCUUGGAGGACUGGGCAACGAUCCGGAAAUUGAAGUUGAGGAAAAUGAUGAAGAAAGCUACUACACUGCAGAGAAUAUUCCAACCGUGCGCCGUUCACACUUACGUACAAGACUAGGAAGCAGGUCACAGUCACAAAUCUCCAUGAAGUCGUCUGCCAGUGGUUACGGUCUGCUGAACGUGGGUCCUAUAGAAUCCAGACCUGCCUCAAGAAGUCAGUCACGUUUGAGCAUACAAGAUGGAAGCAUGAAGUCCGGUUUAGUGAAAUCACCUGGUCAAAAUUCUCCAAGUUGUACAGCUGGCACAACUGUUUCAAGUCCACAGCAUCGCUUGGAGAAGAUAUGGGCCGCAUUGCAAGUUCCUGAUAACCUUCGGUUGGACAUGGCUAUCAAGUACAGCUCCGAUGGGCAUGUAGAAAAACUAGACAGUUGUAUUGAGCAUUGGGAGUCUGCAAUGGUUUUGGUUUUAGAGCGCGAGGCAAUCCUCGGAAGACUUGAAGCAUUUGAGCGUCUUGCAUCUGAUCCAAACAGGUUCUUCCAGAAAGGUUACAGAGGUUUAGCCACUGCUCGACUUGAGGAGGCACGACAGAGAAGUCACAUAUAUCUGCAACUGGAGGAACUUGACAAAAAGGUGAAAAAGAAAGUACAGUUUGUCUGCAAGGAAUUUGGGGAUGUAAUAACAUUUCAGGGACGUCCAUAUCUAGAGAAGAUGAAGCUAGAUCGAACAGAGAUGUUGUACUGGUUACAACAGGAGCGUCGACAGCAUGCCCUUGAGCGGCAUGCUAUGGUGCAAGAAUACAAGCUAAAGAUGGCAGAGCUUCCACCACUUGGUGCUAUCCCAGCUACACAGUAACAGCCUGAUGUUGGGGAAGGGGGCGGAAAAUUGGCUUGAUUCUUCAAUGGUGCAUAUUUUUUUUUAACUCAUCAUACAAAAUACCUUGCUACAAUAAUUUUCUUCCAUAUUUACACUUAAUAUUUAUCAUUUUAAUAAUAGUUAGGUUUAUGUAUCUUUAAAGAUAGUUUUUGAAAUUAUGUUUCCAUAUUUAAUAUUGAAUUUUCUUAUUUCAACAAAUAAAAGUUAUCAUGUUACUAAAUUCAAGUUGUUAUAAAUUCUUCCAAAUAUCUAAUUGUACUAUUUAUUGACCACAUUGCAAUCCAUUAAAAAAAAAAUGAUUUGCCGGGGAUUGAAACUGUGUACAUAUCUGAUAGCCAGAUUAAUAGCAAGUGUUUUUGAACACCAGAUACCAUCUAUAACUGAAUUGCAGAUGGAGACUAUAAUAUGAAAUGUACAUACACAUAGAAGAGUUAUUUUUAAAUUAUGUACAUAAAAUACUUUGUACAGUGAUAUACAGUAAUAACUAAAUGUAAAUUUGAUGUACAGUUGGAUAUACAGAUUAAAGCCAAUUAGUAUUUGAAAA